GUCUUACCGCGCAGUACAAUGCGUCGCCUCACAUUCCACUGCUGUCAAAACACAUAAACCAUUUCCCUCUCUCUCUCCACACCAUAAAGACAAAAAAGAGAAUAAAAUCAAACCAAAUGGCCAACAGUACCGCCGUGUACGGCGGACUGGGCUGUGGCACCGCCUGCAUAUUAAGCAUGGUGGACAACGGUAGCGUAGAAAGCCGGCGCUACUAUCUGGCACGGCGCACACUUAUGGAAAUGCUUCGGGACAGAGGCUACGUGGUGGCCAACGUGGAGGUGGAGCUCUGCCGCUGUCUCGCCGACUUCCGCGAGGUAUUCGGCGACAAGCCCGAGGCCGGACGUCUCCGCGUCAUUGCUUGCCGAGCCUCUGAUCCAUCGCGGAAGAUUCUCGCCAUAUUUUGUGAAACUUUUGAGAUCAGAAAGCGAAAUAUUGUUGGUAUACUGAGUCAGAUUGUGAACAAAGAAACAUUGGACAGGGUGAUCUUAAUCCUGCAAAGCAAGAUGAAUUUUCAUGCUCAAAAGGUUUUGGAUGAGUAUCCAGUUAAAGUUGAGACGUUUCCAAUUACUGAUUUUCUGGUCAACAUCACAAAGCAUUUUCUGGCAACAAAGCAUGAGAUUUUGACUCCUGAGGACAAGGAAAAGCUUCUCAAGAAACAUAACAUUGAAGACAAGCAGGUUGAUUUCUUUCUGAAAUUUGAAAGUCAAAAUUUGGAUUCUGCUACUUGCGUGUUGUCCCACUCACCUUGUUGCUUAAGCAUGAAAUGUACAUUUAUAAUGUUGUAUGGGUUUCUCAUGAACAUGUUUUUCACUCGUUGCCAGCUUCCAAGGAUGCUUGAAAAUGAUGCAGGUGGCCAGGUGGUAAAGGUAACUUAUUCUAGUGGUGUCACUGGUUUAAUCGUCACAUAUCGUUGUGUUAUGUGAUUCCGUCCUGCUGCUCUACUCACUGAUGGCCGAACCAGAAGUACAUUUCUUUCUCGAUUGAUGAAAAAGGAUAUCACUUUUUUGUUGGUCAUUUUAACAGUGGAGAUCCAAUCGUUAUUUUAAGUGCAACAACGUUAUUACAAGCAAUUCGUUGGAAAACUUAACUAUAUUAAUAGA